UGGGACCAUCGCCAGGUGUGAGGCCUCUCCAUGUCUGCUGCCAUGGCCACUGCCAUAGCCAUUGUGAUGUGUCUCCUGCUUUUAGCCUGGUUGCCUACUGGGAUGACCCACCAAGAUCUCCAGUUCCGGGGUAAAACCCGAAGCCAUGGGACCCAGAGGUGCUACUCUGCUGAGGAACUGUCUCAUGGCCAGGCACCCCCACACCUGCUAACUCGAAGUGCCAGGUGGGAGCAGGCCCUCCCUGUGGCCCUGGUGUCCACUUUGGAGGCCACAGGCCACAGGAGACAGCAUGAAAGACCUCAAGCAGGAACACAGUGCCCCGUGCUGCGGCCAGAGGAGGUGUUGGAAGCUGAUACCCACCAGCGCUCCAUCUCACCAUGGAAAUAUCGCGUCGAUACAGACAAGAACCGCUACCCACAGAAGUUGGCAGUGGCAGAGUGCUUGUGUCGUGGCUGCAUCAACGCCAAGACAGGCCGCGAGACAGCAGCCCUGAACUCCGUGCAGCUGCUGCAGAGCCUGCUGGUCCUGCGGCGACAGCCCUGCUCCCAAGACGGCACAGCAGACCCUACACCAGGAUCCUUCACCUUCCACACUGAGUUCAUCCGAGUGCCUGUUGGCUGCACCUGCGUCCUUCCCAGGUCUGCACAGUGACGGCUUCUGUCGUGGCCCCCCUGUGAUGCGGCAGGCCCUCUCGAGAGACCACACAUUCCAGGCAUCCCCACAGCGGAUGCCUCUUAUUUAUGUGUAUUUAUUGCUUAUUUAUUGACUCAAGAGUGCAGCAGAGCUCUACCCAGCCCUUGCCCAGUAAUCUCUGCCUAGUGCCCAGAUGCAGGCUGCUAGUCUCAGGAUUGGGGAGGCCAGGCAUCCUCAUGACUAGAAGGGUCACUCCCAGUGGCUCUCGAGCCUUAGCUUACCCUGUUACCAGAGGGGAGACUGGGCAUGGUAUAAACCACACCUGGAAUCCCAGCCCUCCGCAGAGGCUCCUCAGGUUCUCAGACAGGAAAGCCAGGGCUAAUAGUGACUGUCUCAAGAGAGGGGGGGGAGCUCUCCCUGAACCUCUAGCAACAGUGACAGGUGGGGAGAUGAAGGGCUGGCUCUGUGUCACCCCAGAGCCCUGGUUUUGCCCAAUGCAGCCCUUCCAGCUGUUUUUAAACAAUUAUUUAUUCUAACCGCUAUUAAAUGGACACAUUUCAAC